AUGUCUCAUCCUUCAUCUACUUCUCUUUCAAGAAAGAGAAAGUCUCUUUCAGAAGACAGCCAUGGUGAAAAGAGAAAGAAAGCAACCACCACUCAAUCCUCAAAAAGCAUAUGCGGUAUAUGUUUUGAUUCUGUAAAAGACUAUAAAAUCUUCACAAACACUUCAUGCAAUCACCCCUUUUGUACUAAAUGCAUAUCCAAGUAUGUCAAACUUCAAAGAAAACUAAAAGUGGUAAAACUCAGUUGUCCGGAUCCAGAAUGUUCCUUGGUACUCAAACCACAACAAUUUCAAUCUAUUUUACGUAAAGACCUCAUUGUUGAAUGGGAAUCUGCGAUUUGCGAGUCUUCGAUUUCUUUGAAGCAAAAGAUUUACUGUCCUUAUAAGAAUUGUUCUCUUAUGAUGGUGAAUGACGGGGUAGAAGUUGUUACAAGUUGCGAAUGUCCUUCUUGUCAUAGACUAUUCUGUGCACAAUGUAAUGUUCCAUGGCACGCUGAUAUGAAUUGCCGGGAAUAUCGGGAAUAUCAGAACUCGAAGCCGGUUCAAGAAGAAAAACAAUUGGAUGAGAAAUUUUUGGAGUUGGCUAAAACAAAAAAUUGGCAGAAAUGUCCAGGAUGUUCUAUGUAUGUCCAGAAAAGGGGCGGAUGUAAUCACAUGUCUUGCAGUACUGGAUUUUAA